CACAGAGAGGAACUGUGGUUCACACCAAGGUUUCUACCCCCUUAACAAGACGUGAUCCUCCCUAUCUGCCUCUCCUCUUUUGUUUUGCUGUGUCUCCUCACAGAUGAUCAUUCUAUCAUCCACCUGCAGCUCAUCUUAUAGACACACUGCAGCCACAGCAUGAGCAUACGAAGACUGAGUUUCAAGUGGUUUGGUAGCCUUACCAACCUCUCUUUUCGACGCUCCAAUGAGAAAGGAGACUCCAAAUCCUCUCCGUCGAAGUCUGGAGAUGGCGCUGACAGUGGGGCCGCCACCACAACGAUCCUGGCCACGGUAGCUGAGACAACAGUGGACGACAUGGGUGCCAUGCGUCCUCGCACUGCCAGCUACGUCCGCUCCAGUGACAACUAUUCGCACAUGGGUACACUGCCACGUCUACUGAUGAAGAGGAGAGAAAAAAGUAAUAAAGGCCCCAGCAGCAGUAAGAAGAGUAAAGACAAGAGUGGCAUCAGCAGAAGCCAAAGCCAGCGACCUGCAGGGGACCGAGACCGUGGCCCCCAGAAGCUCACAGCCUCUUCAUUCAAAGUGGCUGGGGAUGAAGCCAGAGUUAAAGCUGACACUGGGUUCAGCAAGGACUCUCUUUCUGACCCCAAGACCCAGCCUGAACCUACAGGUGAAGCUAAUGUCACAAACUCCCAAAGCUCCAUCUCUGCACCCAAAGCUGCGUGUGAAGAUGUGUCGCCAUCUGGUGGCUCAAGUGCUGCACUCCAACCAGAAACUUGUGACAAACAAAGCAUUGCCCAAGCAGGUGCAGCAGGCUUGAGCCCUGAAGAGACUCCAUCACCUCCACUCAGACAGGAGAAUGAUCAGACUGAGAAGGAUGAUGGGUUACAGUCCGUACCUGUAUCUGAACCAAAGGAGGCGGCAGAGAGCAGAGACCUGACAGAAGGAGCGGACAAAGGAAACCAAAACUCUGAGAGCAUUUACAGUCACAUGGAGCCAGCAGAGAACCAGGCGGAAUAUGUCCAGUUCUCCAAGGAGAAGUACCUGCUGGAGUCUCCUCCUGAGAAACUUCGUAAGGAGCUGGAGGAGGAGCUGAAACUGAGCGCUGCUGACAUCAGGAGCCAUGGCUGGUACCAUGGACACAUACCCAGAGAGGUGUCAGAGACUCUGGUUGUACGUAAUGGCGAUUUUCUCGUUCGUGACUCUCUGACCAGUGUGGGUGACUACGUGCUGACCUGUCGAUGGGAUAAUGAGGUGUUGCACUUCAAGAUCAAUAAAGUCCUGGUCAAAUCCAAUGAGACCAAGGUGCAAUAUAUGCUGGAGUCUGACAGUUUCGACUCGGUCCAGGAGCUUGUGCGGUUCUACGUGGGCCAGCGAAAAUCGGUCUCGCAGUCCAGCGGUGUCCACAUCUACUGUCCAGUCAGCAGGACUCUCCCUCUGCGCUACCUGGAGGCCACCUUCGCUCUGGCAAACAGCAAGCAAGGCUCCGCCUACUCACCGUCCAGUCAGAGGGGAGCAUACAUCAAGAGGAGGAGUGUCACCAUGACUGAUGGGCUGACGACUGAGAAGAUGAUACCUCACAGUGACUCAGACAGUCCCAGCCCAGUUAAGACGCCAGUGGCAACACCAGAACCAGAGCCGGAACCUGUGCUCAACUGCAGCCCGUCCACAAUCCACCACCACAAAGACGCAAUGCGGAACUGUGCGAUGAGUAUGGACCAGAUACAGGAGUAUCGCUGCCCCUUGUCACCUGUUGGGGAGACCCCACUGUCUCCUGCAUAUAGUGCUAUCACCAGGCAGAGAGCCCACUCAAGCGGGCGGGUCCUGGCCAUUGUCCCACCUUCCCCGGCAAUGCGUCGUUCCAGCGACCCUCAGCUCAGCCCUUCAGCCAGUAACAACCCUCCAGAGCAUCCCGCACAUACCUCUCACUCGGCACACUCCUCGCCCGCCCAUCAUGCCAGCUACCAAUCACAUUCAUCAGAAACAGCAGGGAGCUACUGUGACCUCAGACCUUGCCCCGCUGGGCCCCCUAAACCCCCGACUAAGAGCUACGUGGAGCGAUUGCGAGUCGAAGAAGGGAGGCAGGACGGAGUGAGGGAGGAAGGAGAGGGGAUGUUCAGCGCCCCACAGGUGGAGACGACGUCCUCGUUCAGGCCAUCCAGGUACGAGUCUUGCCUUAUGCCAACUGAGAACAAGCCUCUGGAGAUGUCGGUUCUGAAGAAAGUCAAAGAGCUGCUGGCUGAGGUGGAUGCAAGGACCGCGGCUAAACACAUCACCAUGGUGGACUGCAUGGUGGCCAGAAUAUUAGGUGUAACCUCUGAGAUGCAAAGGAUGAUGGGAGUGUCCUCAGGGUUGGAGUUAUUGACUCUACCACAUGGACACCAGCUCAGACUUGACCUACUGGAGAGGUUCUACACCAUGUCUAUCAUGAUGGCAGUGGACCUGCUAGGCUGUACGGGAAGCACAGAGGAGAGAGCAGCCCUCCUUCACAAGACCAUUCAAUUGGCAGCAGAGUUGAAAAGCAACCUGGGUAACAUGUUUGGCUUUGCUGCUGUGAUGAGAGCACUGGAGCUGCCACAGAUUUCCCGCCUGGAGCAGACGUGGGUGACAUUACGCCAGAGACACACAGAGGGCGCUAUUCUAUAUGAGAAGAAACUCAAACCUUUCAUGAAGAAUAUGAAUGAUGGCAAAGAGUCUAGUGCUCUGUCCAACACCUCCUUCCCCCACAUCAUUCCCGUCCUGUCCUUACUGGAGCGGGGCAUGGCUCUCGGGGAGGCGCUGGAGCCCUGGGAGAGUGCAGAGGUGGGAGUAGACGUGGUCAUGUACCACCUAGAGGCAGCGCGCACCAUCGCGCAUCACGGGGGGAUCUAUAGAACCUACGCUGAGACCAAACUGCAGGGACUUCAGGAGCGAGCAGAAAUACGCGAGAUCUUCCAGACGGAGUUUCAGAUGCGUCUCCUGUGGGGCAGCCGCGGCUCUGAGGGAAGCCAAUCGGAGCGUUAUGAGAAGUUUGACAAGGUCCUCACCGCCCUGUCCCACAAGCUAGAGCCUCCUGUGCGCCACAGCGAGCUAUAGCACCUGCCCCGACAACCAUCAUCACCAAAACACCCCCAUCUGCACUUACCACUCAUUGUGGUUUGGUCUUGUUUUUUGCAUCGCAAAGGAUGAUGUGGAAAAGUCCAAUGUGAACACUGGGAGGGGUGAGAGUGAAUGAAGAGGCAGCUAACAGAGCAUGUACAGUAAGCAAUAGGAAUACAGAGAAGAGGGUCUCAUAUAGGGUCUUAUAACAUGUGCACUCACUUCUCCUUCUGUUCCUCCCUGUGGACUUCCUCACUUAGCGCUAAAAUGUUUAAAUGGCAUUAGAGGAGGCGAGCUGAGUGGAAGAGAAGAUUGGAGCAAUGGGUGGCCAGCUCCUCUGCUUGGUACAAACAGUAACAUGUGUAUGGCGCGUCCCAAGGGCCGAACAGAGCUGCAGAGUUUGGCUUUGCUCCAAUAAAAUACAGACAUUCUCUUGUUUUAAAACAACUGCUGUCACACACUGUAGCAGAAUGAUAACAAUAACUUGCAUAGCUCAUAUAUAGAUGUUCUGUGUGAGUGAGUGAGUGAGUAUGUGUCUGUAUGUUUACAUUCCUUCAUUUUUGUAUGUCAGUAAUGGUUUUUUUUUUUAGAUCUAAACGUCAUGGACAUUGCUUCACCAAACUCAUGAGAAGCUGUCAGUGAUCAUUCUGAGGGAACAAUGUUCAUAAAACCUCAUUAAAUAUGUAUCAAGCAGUCCAAUUGAAUCCCAUUAAAAAUGUAUGAGGCAUGCAUUAAUAAAUGUAUCAGAAAUGAAACAUUUGCAGAAGUAAUGCAGAAACUUAUGAGGGCUGUGUGAGUUGUUAAAAACAUUAAGAGGACAAUGCACCCUCCUUCUGUUGGAGCUGUUCAGUGAAUACAUUUGAUAUUUUCUGUCUUGUGCACAAAAUUUUGUUAAAAAACAGCACUGUGAGACAGAGGAAAAUGGGAUGUAUUCUCUUUAAAUUGAAUUAAAGCAAUGUUUCACUUAGUAUAUAAACAUUUAUGAACAUGCUUUGGUAUGACUCUAGCUUCAGUUUGUAUAGCAAUUUGCAGAAAUAAUUGAAAUGGUUGAUGCAUGCAGCUAUAAAUGUUAUACCAAGUAAAAUGUUGCUUUAAACGACUACUUUAAAUGUGUGUUUUAAUCGUGUCAAACUUGAGAAAUAUACAGAUGAUACAAUGAAGAUCCUUCAUGUCUGUGGAUAAUCUUGAAUGAAUGAUUUGUUUCAACCAAUGAAUAAUAAUAGAAGUUCCCAAACCGAAUCAAAUAAGGACAUACUGACCACAGCCCUGCUACAAAGAAUGUCUUUUGGUUGUAUGUUUUUAAAUCUGUUUCGGCAAUAGAGCUAAAAUGAUCCUAACCUUUUCUAUUGCUGUGGGAUUACAUUUUGGUUGACUGUUCAGUGUUAAAUCAUUGCUGUAUUAACAGCAUGUGGGCCUGAGAGGGGCUGGAGCCAACUCUCAGAGCUAUGCAAUCAUUUCAACUAAGGGCUGAGACCCCUGAGGAACAGACACCCAUUCAGAAUGUUUUCCACUUUUUGCUUCCUACAUCACCUUUUUUUAAAAUGUCUAUCAUUUGUUCUUCCUAAAUCCAAAUUGAUAAUCUAUAUAUAAAUUAAAGUAUUAUCAAUCAGAAAUAAUUAAUAACAUAUCAUAUCAGAGAUCCUUAAACAGAUGUUUGAUUGUCCCGCUUUCUAGUCUGAACCCUAUUCGGGGUCAGCUGUACAGAGGUGAGGAGCCAUGUGCCAGUUCCCACUGUGGUCCAACAGGGGGCAAUCUUUAGUCAGCAAAAACACUGAAUCAUUAAUUGUAACACCAUACAAUAUUACAGGAAGACGUAUAUACACACACAAGGAGGAAAAACACAUUUAUUGUGUGUGUUUUGAGACCAAUGUUUGAUAUCACUUUUAUCAGAUAUCAAAUCUACUGGUUUAGGUUUGAUAUCUGAUCACACUGAUGAUGAAAAAGUGACGAUAAUGUAAUAUGUUUUUUUAUUUGUCCUCUGUUGAAUGCUGUACAGGAAUGCUGAUGGUGUGUGGAUUCUCCUGUUUUUUAUAACAGGACUGUAUGAGAUGAACUUGAAAGGCAAAAAGACAAGAAAUGUUUUAGGCCUGAUCUCAUGUUUUUUUACGUACUGUAUAUAGCAAUUCACUUUUUUCAAAUAAAAUGAUUGCUCGU